AUGUCUUGCUCACAACCUCACGCCCGCGGCUCACAGGCGUCAGGCUCACGUUGUGACUUGUGCGAGUUGCGACUUGCGAUACAGAGUUACAGCCUUACAGGCAGUUCGAAUGCAAAAGCCCCCAGACUCCAGAGUCCCAGUCUCCCAUACUGCCAGAGUCACAGAGGCCCUAGUCCCCGGGCCCCUGUGGCCCAGGCCCCAGGCGCCAGCGACCAGCAG